UCAGAAGAUGCAAUGCACUAGAUGUGGUGCUUGGAACAGGAUUAGUCAUGGCAUCAGAACUAUGUAAAACAAUCUCUGAGGCAAAGCUGGAAAGGCACAAGAACUUGUUCUUAAAUUACAGAAAUCUCCAUCACUUUCCUUUGGAGUUACUGAAAGAUGAGGGGCUGCAGUACUUGGAGAGACUUUAUAUGAAAAGAAAUUCCCUGACCACAUUGCCAGAAAACCUUGCACAGAAGCUUCCAAACCUCGUGGAAUUGUACCUUCAUUCAAAUAACAUAGUUGUUGUACCUGAAGCCAUUGGCUCCCUCGUUAAACUGCAGUUUCUGGACCUAAGUGAUAAUGCCCUCGAAAUUGUGUGUCCAGAGAUUGGCCGCCUGAGAUCUUUACGUCAUCUUCGCUUGGCUAACAACCAGCUGAAAUACUUACCUGCAGAGGUUGGAGACCUGAGGGAGCUGCAAACGCUGGACAUUUCAACCAAUCGGUUGAUAACGUUACCUGAAAGGCUGCAUAUGUGCCUUUCACUGCAGUACUUGACUGCAGACCGAAACCACCUGUGGUAUGUUCCCCGCCACCUGUGCCAACUACCAAGCCUCAACGAGCUCUCCAUGGCUGGAAACCGCCUUGCGUUUUUGCCACUUGAUUUAGGUCGUUCUCGGGAGCUACAAUAUGUUUACGUGGAUAACAAUAUUCAUCUGAAAGGCCUCCCAUCUUAUCUGUAUAAUAAAGUCAUUGGUUGCAGUGGUUGUGGUUCUCCAAUUCAAGUUUCAGAGGUGAAACUGCUCUCUUUUUCAUCGGGCCAGUUAACUGUGUUCCUGCCAGCAGAGGUGAAAUCUAUAGGGACAGAAACAGAUCAUGUGCUGCCUUUGCAAGAACUGGCCAUGAGGACCCUCUAUAACACCUACUGCAGGUUUUUAAAAGAUUUGAACUUUCUGACUCCAAUCUCGCUACCCAAAAGCCUCUUGGAAUUGCUGCACUGUCCCUUGGGACACUGCCACCGCUGCAGCCAGCCUAUGUUUACCAUUGUCUACCCAAAGCUCUUUCCCUUGAGGGAAACUCCAAUGGCAGGAUUGCAUCAAGGGAGGACAACUGUUAGUUUUGUGGCAUACUGCUGCUCCACCCAGUGUCUGCAGACUUUUGACCUACUGAGUUGAUAAACAUUUAAAACUACUCAGGAGUGCUGCCAGUUUAAAGCUGCAUUAGACGUCGUAUCCCGUUGGUACUGGAAUACUCUGUGUGUGCGCGUGUGCCAAAGCAGCAGAAGUGCCCAGUCGGGAACACUAAGAGGCACUUAAAUCCUGCCCUAUCAAAUUUGGAUGAACUGCAGAAACUUUUCGGAAGUGUAAAUACCAAGCUCUUGAAAGUAUUAACUUCUCUCUGCUCCAAGACAGCAUACAAACCAAACAAAUUCACAAGCUCUGACUUCAGGAUUUCCAGUAUUUUUCAAAUGUGGCUGUCUUCAGGUUGUCCCAUAGCAUCAUUUGAGGCAGCUUUCAUUCCUCUAACAGGAAAAAAAAAAAAGGUUGAGUCAUGACAAACGAGCUUUCACUUACUCCCCCCCAUCCUCUUCACCCUUACAGAUGGAUUCAGGUGUAUAGAUUUAAGCCUACAGAAACCUUUGAUGGAUCUCAGUGAUUUUUGCAUAGAAUUUAGCUUUAUUUUCUCCCUCUCAUAUUAAUAUUUUCCCCAGCAGAGUUAUCCCAGUUGUAUAC